UCAAUCAGGGUGAGUCUACAUCUUGCCGCCUUUGGCCAUUUUUAUGUGCUGACAGGACGAAGGCCAGAUGUGGAAGCCAAGGAGUAAUCGGAGAUAGUGGUAUUGGAUUAUCUGUCUCCUCAAGCCAACCCUUUUCUGGAUAAAAACCAAGCUUACCAAACCCAACUACACACACUCGUUUCCCAUGGUGCUGCGAUGGGCCUCGUAGUUCAGCACCUGGGCCUCGUGAGUUAAAGCACCACUAGCCAGCACGAGACAUACAUAAGGCGCCCUCAUCCUGCAGCUUGCUGUGUUCCUUACGCUCUUUCAUCGCAACUCUCUUAACCAUAGAACAUCUACCGACGCCUGCACCGGAGCCGCAAUGGUAGGCAAAUCGGCCCAACGACAGCCACCCACCUUCCUCACCAUCCCUCAGGAGCUGCGUGACCAGAUCUACGAAAACGUUCUCGACGAUGUCUUCAUCGAACACCUAACAACAGGCGAGAACUAUCGAAGCCUGCCCAGCUACACUCUUCGCGCCGUCUGCCAUCAGAUUGCCGGUGAGAUUGGAGGCAGUCAAUACCAACAGCGAAGCUUGAGUGCACGGAAGAGCCUCUGGAAUGCGAAGCGCCAAAUGGGCGAAGGUUGUUUUCGAGGCGGCGGACGCCUUCGGUUGUUUGAUCGCUUAACCUACCGCUUCGCCGUCAGUCUCGGUCGAAGUACCAGUGCAAACUACACCAUGGCGCUGUUCGAGGUCGUUGACAAGCAUAGUGCCUGUCUCCAUGAAGUCACAGCGAGGUUGGAAGGCAUACCGAGGGGUGGCACCAUCCCGCAAAUGCUGACGAACUUUUGCGCAACGUACAAAGCGCGAAGAGACGACAACUUCAUGGACGAGCAGGACGAGAGACCGGCGAAGCGUCGCCGAAGGCUUGCGGAUGAACUGUUUGCUGCGCAAUUGGGGCGGUGGACACUCCGACUGAUUCCCCACAAAGAUGAGCAAUGUGAGACAUUAGCGGAGCGCCCACGGGCUGUAGAUGAUGAGUUGGAUUGGGAACGGGAGAUCGAGACGAUACUGCGCGAGAUUCUUCCGUGCCUGAAAGGCACGAAGAACCUGGCUAAGGAGCCGCCGCAGUACAUGGACUAUCUUCGUCCGAGCGUACCAGAUGUCGUGUGCGUUCAUGUGUCCGCGGCGAUUCGACAUUUGGCUGACGAGCAAGCUAAGCGUGAGCGUCUUGCGAGGCACAACUUAAGGUCCAGGGUACAGUAAGCAACCUGUGAUGCCCGUUGGUGUCUUACUUCUAUACCAUAUACAAUAUAUCAGCGUCGUUUCAGACCAUGUUGUUGCGCAAACGUCAAUCUGUUUCUGAUUGACGGAAGGAUGGCAACCGCAGCAGCAACAGCGCCGUACACUGCUGUCAAAACUGCUGAGUCCGUCAGUGAUUGUGCGAUCAUGGGCUUAUAGAACCACCAUCAUUCGCGAAUGAGUGGGGACGGGAGUAGGAGCAGCGCACCGCACGUGAUCAGCCUUGUUAGCGGUCAGCAGCGGAGGGUCCAAAAAUUGGUGACAUAACUACGAUCUACACCGGCCGGAAACUCCCUCCUCUGUGAAUCCAUCAAAAUCCUUUGCUCGUUGACAACAUUGACCGUCAAUACCAGCUACUGUUGUGCACUCGCAUCAAAGCCGCUCGCUUGACCCUACCACACCCCAGGUAAGCUUUUCC